AUGAAGCAACCGAGCUGCUUGACGGGGUCUAUGACGAGGUUAGUUAAAAGAGAAGAUAGAGAGUGGAAAGACCUUGACACAAUGUUGGUUUCACUUCCAAGAAUUUACCCGAUAAUAGAGCGAGAGAUAGGUGAAGAAAGAGAUGAAGAUGAACUGAAGAGUCUUGAGGCUGCAAGAGAAUGGCUUCAACCUGUGUGGAUGUACCAUGGCUAUGAGACCGGUAGGUUCCGUAUGAUGGAGGAAGAAGAAUAG